AGCUGACCUGUCCUGGACGCAGCAUAACUAACGAAGCUGCUGCAGGAUGAGAAGAUGGCAGCGCGGCUGCUUGCACCACCAGGCCCUGAUAGUUUCAAGCCUUUCACCCCUGAGUCGCUGGCAAAUAUUGAGAGGCGCAUUGCUGAGAGCAAGCUCAAGAAACCACCAAAGGCCGAUGGCAGCCAUCGAGAAGACGAUGAAGACAGCAAGCCCAAGCCAAACAGUGACCUGGAAGCAGGGAAGAGUUUGCCUUUUAUCUACGGGGACAUCCCCCAAGGCCUGGUUGCGGUUCCCCUGGAGGACUUUGACCCAUACUAUUUGACGCAGAAAACCUUUGUAGUAUUAAACAGAGGGAAAACUCUCUUCAGAUUUAGUGCCACGCCUGCCUUGUACAUUUUAAGUCCUUUUAACCUGAUAAGAAGAAUAGCUAUUAAAAUUUUGAUACAUUCAGUAUUUAGCAUGAUCAUUAUGUGCACUAUUUUGACCAACUGUGUAUUCAUGACUUUUAGUAACCCUCCAGACUGGUCGAAGAAUGUGGAGUACACGUUCACAGGGAUUUAUACAUUUGAAUCACUAGUGAAAAUCAUUGCAAGAGGUUUCUGCAUAGAUGGCUUUACCUUUUUACGGGACCCAUGGAACUGGUUAGAUUUCAGUGUCAUCAUGAUGGCGUAUAUAACAGAGUUUGUAAACCUAGGCAAUGUUUCAGCUCUGCGCACUUUCAGGGUACUGAGGGCUUUGAAAACUAUUUCGGUAAUUCCAGGCCUGAAGACAAUUGUUGGCGCCCUCAUUCAGUCUGUGAAGAAGCUGUCAGAUGUGAUGAUCCUGACUGUGUUCUGCCUGAGUGUUUUCGCCCUGAUCGGACUGCAGCUGUUCAUGGGGAACCUGCGAAACAAGUGUGUCGUGUGGCCCAUAAACUUCAAUGAGAGCUAUCUUGAAAAUGGCACCAAAGGCUUUGAUUGGGAAGAGUAUAUCAACAAUAAAACAAAUUUUUACACGGUUCCUGGCAUGCUGGAACCUUUACUCUGUGGGAACAGUUCAGAUGCUGGGCAGUGCCCAGAAGGAUACCAGUGUAUGAAGGCAGGAAGGAACCCUAACUAUGGUUAUACAAGCUUUGACACUUUCAGCUGGGCCUUCUUGGCAUUGUUUCGCCUUAUGACCCAGGACUACUGGGAAAACUUGUAUCAGUUGACCUUAAGAGCAGCUGGAAAAACAUACAUGAUCUUCUUUGUCUUGGUCAUCUUUGUGGGCUCAUUCUAUCUGGUGAACUUGAUCUUGGCUGUGGUGGCCAUGGCUUAUGAAGAGCAGAAUCAGGCAACAUUGGAGGAGGCAGAACAAAAAGAGGCUGAGUUCAAAGCAAUGUUGGAGCAACUUAAGAAGCAACAGGAAGAGGCACAGGCUGCCGCAAUGGCCACUUCUGCAGGCACUGUUUCAGAAGAUGCCAUUGAGGAAGAAGGUGAAGAUGGGGUUGGCUCUCCUCGGAGUUCAUCCGAAAUUUCUAAACUCAGUUCAAAGAGCGCCAAGGAAAGACGUAAUAGGAGAAAGAAGAGGAAGCAAAAGGAACUCUCUGAGGGAGAAGAGAAAGGGGAUCCUGAGAAGGUAUUUAAGUCAGAGUCAGAAGAUGGUAUGAGGAAGAAGGGCUUUCGACUGCCAGACAACAGAAUCGGGAGGAAAUUCUCCAUUAUGAACCAGUCACUGCUCAGCAUCCCAGGCUCACCCUUCCUCUCCCGCCACAACAGCAAAAGCAGCAUCUUCAGCUUCCGGGGCCCUGGGCGGUUCCGAGACCCAGGUUCGGAGAACGAGUUUGCAGACGACGAGCACAGCACCGUGGAGGAGAGCGAAGGCCGCAGGGACUCGCUGUUCAUCCCCAUCCGGGCCCGGGAGCGUCGCAGCAGCUACAGCGGCUACAGCGGCUACAGCCAGGGCAGCCGCUCCUCGCGCAUCUUCCCCAGUCUGCGGCGCAGCGUGAAGCGCAACAGCACCGUGGACUGCAAUGGCGUGGUGUCGCUCAUCGGCGGGCCGGGCUCCCACAUUGGCGGGCGGCUACUGCCAGAGGCAACAACUGAGGUGGAAAUUAAGAAAAAAGGCCCUGGAUCUCUUUUAGUGUCCAUGGACCAACUGGCCUCCUAUGGACGGAAGGACAGAAUCAACAGUAUAAUGAGUGUUGUUACAAAUACACUAGUAGAAGAGCUGGAAGAGUCUCAGAGAAAGUGUCCACCAUGCUGGUAUAAAUUUGCCAAUACUUUUCUCAUCUGGGAGUGCCACCCCUACUGGAUAAAACUCAAAGAGAUUGUGAACUUGAUUGUUAUGGACCCUUUUGUGGACUUAGCCAUCACCAUCUGCAUUGUUCUAAAUACGCUCUUUAUGGCAAUGGAGCACCAUCCUAUGACGCCACAGUUUGAGCACGUCUUGGCUGUAGGAAAUCUGGUUUUCACUGGAAUUUUCACAGCGGAAAUGUUCCUGAAGCUCAUAGCCAUGGAUCCCUACUAUUAUUUCCAAGAAGGUUGGAACAUUUUUGACGGAUUUAUUGUCUCCCUCAGUUUAAUGGAACUGGGUCUAGCAGACGUGGAGGGGCUUUCGGUGCUGCGAUCUUUCCGAUUGCUCCGAGUCUUCAAAUUGGCCAAAUCCUGGCCCACCCUGAACAUGCUGAUCAAGAUUAUUGGAAAUUCAGUGGGUGCCUUGGGCAACCUGACCCUGGUGCUGGCCAUUAUUGUCUUCAUCUUUGCCGUGGUGGGAAUGCAGCUCUUUGGGAAAAGCUACAAAGAAUGUGUCUGCAAGAUCAACCAGGACUGUGAACUCCCUCGCUGGCACAUGCAUGACUUUUUCCAUUCCUUCCUCAUUGUCUUUCGAGUGUUAUGCGGGGAAUGGAUUGAGACCAUGUGGGACUGCAUGGAGGUGGCAGGCCAGGCCAUGUGCCUCAUUGUUUUUAUGAUGGUCAUGGUUAUUGGCAACUUGGUGGUGCUGAACCUCUUUCUGGCCCUGCUUCUGAGUUCCUUCAGUGCAGACAACCUGGCAGCCACAGAUGAUGAUGGAGAAAUGAAUAACCUACAGAUCUCAGUAAUUCGCAUCAAGAAGGGUGUGGCUUGGACCAAAGUAAAAGUGCAUGCCUUCAUGCAGGCUCAUUUUAAGCAGCGUGAGGCAGAUGAAGUGAAACCACUGGAUGAGUUAUAUGAAAAGAAGGCCAACUGCAUUGCCAACCAUACGGGUGCAGACAUCCACCGGAAUGGUGACUUCCAGAAGAAUGGCAAUGGUACAACCAGUGGCAUUGGCAGCAGCGUGGAGAAGUAUAUCAUUGAUGAGGACCACAUGUCCUUCAUCAACAACCCCAACUUGACUGUACGGGUGCCUAUUGCUGUAGGCGAGUCUGACUUUGAGAACCUCAACACAGAAGAUGUUAGCAGCGAGUCAGAUCCUGAAGGCAGCAAAGAUAAACUGGAUGAUACUAGCUCCUCAGAAGGAAGCACCAUCGAUAUCAAGCCAGAAGUAGAAGAAGUCCCUGUGGAACAGCCUGAGGAAUACUUGGAUCCAGAUGCCUGCUUCACCGAAGGUUGUGUCCAGCGGUUCAAGUGCUGCCAAGUCAACAUUGAGGAAGGGCUAGGCAAGUCUUGGUGGAUCCUGCGGAAAACCUGCUUCCUCAUCGUGGAGCACAAUUGGUUUGAGACCUUCAUCAUCUUCAUGAUUCUGCUCAGCAGUGGUGCCCUGGCCUUUGAGGACAUUUACAUUGAGCAGAGGAAGACCAUCCGAACCAUCCUGGAAUACGCUGACAAAGUCUUCACCUACAUCUUCAUCCUGGAGAUGUUGCUCAAGUGGACGGCCUAUGGCUUCGUGAAGUUCUUCACCAAUGCCUGGUGCUGGCUGGACUUCCUCAUCGUGGCUGUCUCUUUAGUCAGCCUUAUAGCUAAUGCCCUGGGCUACUCGGAACUAGGUGCCAUAAAGUCCCUUAGGACCCUAAGAGCUUUGAGACCCUUAAGAGCCUUAUCACGAUUUGAAGGGAUGAGGGUGGUGGUGAAUGCCUUGGUGGGCGCCAUCCCCUCCAUCAUGAAUGUGCUGCUGGUGUGUCUCAUCUUCUGGCUGAUUUUCAGCAUCAUGGGAGUUAACCUGUUUGCGGGGAAAUACCACUACUGCUUUAAUGAGACUUCUGAAAUCCGAUUUGAAAUCGAAGAUGUCAACAAUAAAACUGAAUGUGAAAAGCUCAUGGAGGGGAACAACACAGAGAUCAGGUGGAAGAACGUGAAGAUCAAUUUUGACAACGUGGGGGCAGGAUAUCUGGCCCUUCUUCAAGUAGCAACCUUCAAAGGCUGGAUGGACAUCAUGUAUGCAGCUGUAGAUUCCCGAAAGCCUGAUGAACAGCCUAAGUAUGAGGACAACAUCUACAUGUACAUCUACUUUGUCAUCUUCAUCAUCUUCGGCUCCUUCUUCACCCUGAAUCUGUUCAUUGGUGUCAUCAUUGAUAACUUCAAUCAACAAAAGAAAAAGUUUGGAGGUCAGGAUAUCUUCAUGACUGAGGAACAGAAGAAGUACUACAAUGCCAUGAAAAAGCUGGGCUCAAAGAAACCACAGAAACCCAUUCCCCGCCCCUUGAACAAAAUCCAAGGUAUCGUCUUUGAUUUUGUCACUCAACAAGCCUUUGACAUUGUUAUCAUGAUGCUCAUCUGCCUUAAUAUGGUGACAAUGAUGGUGGAGACAGAUACUCAGAGCAAACAGAUGGAGAACAUUCUCUACUGGAUUAAUCUGGUCUUCGUCAUCUUCUUCACCUGUGAGUGUGUGCUCAAAAUGUUUGCCUUGAGGCACUACUACUUCACCAUUGGCUGGAACAUCUUCGACUUCGUGGUGGUCAUCCUGUCCAUUGUGGGAAUGUUCCUGGCUGAUAUCAUUGAGAAAUACUUUGUUUCCCCAACCCUGUUCCGAGUCAUCCGAUUGGCCCGUAUUGGGCGUAUUUUGCGUCUGAUCAAAGGCGCCAAAGGGAUUCGUACCCUGCUCUUUGCCUUAAUGAUGUCCUUGCCUGCCCUGUUCAACAUUGGUCUUCUGCUCUUCCUGGUCAUGUUCAUCUUCUCCAUCUUUGGGAUGUCCAAUUUUGCAUAUGUGAAGCACGAGGCUGGUAUUGAUGACAUGUUCAACUUUGAGACAUUUGGCAACAGCAUGAUCUGCCUGUUUCAGAUCACAACCUCAGCUGGUUGGGAUGGCCUGCUGCUGCCCAUCCUAAACCGCCCCCCUGACUGUAGCCUAGACAAGGAACAUCCAGGGAGUGGCUUUAAGGGUGACUGCGGGAACCCCUCAGUGGGCAUCUUCUUCUUUGUAAGCUACAUCAUCAUCUCCUUUCUCAUUGUUGUGAACAUGUACAUUGCUAUAAUCUUAGAGAACUUCAGCGUAGCCACAGAAGAAAGUGCAGACCCUCUGAGUGAGGAUGACUUUGAGACCUUCUAUGAGAUCUGGGAGAAGUUUGAUCCCGAUGCCACCCAAUUCAUCGAGUACUGUAAGCUGGCAGACUUUGCAGAUGCCUUGGAGCAUCCUCUCCGAGUGCCCAAGCCCAACACCAUUGAGCUCAUUGCCAUGGAUCUGCCAAUGGUGAGCGGGGAUCGCAUCCACUGUUUGGACAUCCUUUUUGCCUUCACCAAGCGGGUCCUGGGAGAUAGCGGGGAGUUGGACAUCCUGCGGCAGCAGAUGGAGGAGAGGUUCGUGGCAUCCAAUCCUUCCAAAGUGUCUUACGAGCCAAUCACUACCACACUGCGGCGCAAGCAGGAGGAGGUGUCUGCAGUGGUCCUUCAGCGCGCCUACCGGGGACAUUUGGCAAGGCGGGGCUUCAUCUGCAAAAAGAUGACUUCCAAUAAGCUUGAGAAUGGAGGUACGCACCGGGAGAAAAAGGAGAGCACCCCCUCCACAGCCUCCCUCCCAUCCUAUGACAGUGUAACUAAACCUGACAAAGAGAAACAGCAGCGGGCAGAGGAAGGAAGAAGGGAAAGAGCCAAAAGACAAAAAGAGGUCAGAGAAUCCAAAUGUUAG